GCGGACGCGGGAGAUAUCAGACAGAAAAACCCUCCGUCUAGAACGGCUUCGCCACUUUAAACAGCUGCUGCCAACCUCCCGCAGUACUUAAAAACACCGGGAAAGUAUCAUGAGGAAUAGUUUGUGAAUAUUGCAAUAUUUCCUUUAAAUAUAUGUCUCGCGGAGCUGCGAAAACCAGCCGUUAAUCUGAGGGCGAUGAUUCACUGGUAAUUUUCCAGCAGCGCGAGUCUCACCUCAGACAAGAACAUCCAGAAAUAUUCAUAAAGAUGAAAUUCACCGAGCACCUGUCUGCCCACAUCACUCCGGAGUGGAGGAAACAAUAUAUUCAAUAUGAGGCUUUUAAAGAAAUGUUGUACGCCGCACAGGACCAGGCCCCAUCAAUUGAAGUCACAGAUGAAGACACGGUCAAGAGAUAUUAUGCCAAGUUUGAGGAGAAGUUCUUCCAAACCUGUGAGAAGGAGCUGGCAAAAAUCAACACAUUCUAUUCAGAGAAGCUUGCAGAAGCACAGCGGCGUUUCGCCACGCUGCAGAAUGAGCUGCAGUCAUCUUUGGAUGCGCAGCGGGAGAGCAGUCGAGCCCCGGGUCUGCGUCGCCGGCGCACAGUCUUCCACCUGUCUCAGCAGGAGCGCUACAAACAUCGCAAUAUCAAAGACCUGCAGCUGGCCUUCAGCGAGUUCUACCUCAGCCUCAUCCUUCUGCAGAACUACCAGAAUCUAAACUUCACAGGUUUCCGUAAGAUUUUAAAGAAACAUGACAAGAUCUUUGAGACAGCGAGGGGGGCAGACUGGCGUGUGGCCCAUGUGGAAGUGGCUCCGUUUUACACCUGUAAAAAGAUUACUCAGCUCAUCUCUGAAACCGAGGCCCUCGUUACCACAGAGCUGGAAGGGGGAGACCGACAGAAGGCCAUGAAGAGACUGCGAGUGCCCCCACUGGGUGCAGCACAGCCUGCACCAUCAUGGACCACUUUCAGAGUCGGCUUAUACUGUGGUGUCUUUGUCGCUUUAACAGUCACUGUCAUCAUCACAGGUGUGGUAAAGCUAGUAGCAGGUGAUGAGAAGAAUGUGUGGCCCCUUGUCAGAAUUUAUCGGGGUGGUUUCCUUCUCAUCGAGUUCCUUUUCUUGUUGGGCAUCAACACAUAUGGCUGGAGGCAGGCCGGUGUGAACCACGUCUUAAUAUUCGAGCUCAACCCCCGCAAUAACCUGUCCCACCAACAUCUCUUUGAGAUUGCUGGUUUUCUUGGAGUUCUUUGGUGCGUCAGUAUUCUGUCCUGCCUCUUUGCUAAGGACAUAAAGAUCCCUAUACAAGCAAACCCUCUAGCGCUCUAUGGAUUCUUCUUCUUUUUCCUCAUCAACCCUUUCAAAACCUGCUAUUACAAAUCUCGCUUCUGGCUCCUCAAAUUACUGUUUCGAGUGGUCACAGCUCCAUUUCAUAGAGUGGGAUUUGCUGAUUUCUGGCUGGCUGACCAGCUCAAUUCUCUAGUAGUAGUUCUGAUGGACCUGGAGUACUUGAUCUGCUUCUACAGUAUGGAACUGAACUGGGCAGAGUCAUAUGGGACGCUUGAGAUUAAAGACAGUGAAGGGAUUUGUCACACAUAUUCAUAUGGAGUGCGAGCUGUAAUCCAGUGCUUGCCUGCCUGGUUCCGGUUUGUGCAGUGUCUGAGACGUUACCGAGACUCAAAGCGUGCCUUCCCUCACCUCGUCAAUGCUGGCAAAUACUCCACUACUUUUUUCGUGGUCAUCUUUUCUGCACUCUAUAACACACAUAAAAGUAUACAAGAACGUCAGGUCUUCCUGUACGUGCUCAUUGCCUGCAGGAUUAUUAACUCCUGCUACACCUUAUUGUGGGACCUGAAGAUGGACUGGGGUCUGUUUGACCGUAACGCAAUGGAGAACACCCUCCUUAGAGAGGAGAUCGUAUAUCCUCAGAAAGCUUACUAUUACUGUGCCAUAGUUGAGAAUGUAAUCUUGCGCUUUGCCUGGACCAUUCCUCUUUCUCUUGGGGUUGUGUCUACAUACCCGAACAUCUCUGAUAUUUUGGCCACUAUCCUCGCACCGCUGGAGGUAUUCAGACGCUUUGUGUGGAACUUUUUCCGUUUGGAGAAUGAACACCUGAAUAACUGCGGUGAGUUCAGAGCGGUGCGGGACAUCUCAGUAGCACCUCUGAAUGCAGAUGACCAGACACUGCUGGAGCAGAUGAUGGACCAGGAGGAUGGAGUGAGGAAUAGAUUUGGAAAGAAGAAUGGGAAGAGGAGCUACAGCAUGUCCUUGAGAAGACCACGCCUCUCCUCCCAGUCGAAGAUCAAGGACAUCAAGGUCCUGAUAGAGGACACAGAUGAAGACACCUGACCCGGCGUCCUCAAGGGCUAGAUAAAGUCUUUUUAAUAGACCAUAGACCUCAGUGGAUCUCAACUCUUCAAAAUCUAUCCAGUCAAUCCAUCAAAAAGCUGCCUCACGACACCACACACAUUUCACUGACUUAUACACACACAAGCUCCCAUCAGAUGCAGCCACCACCUAGUAUAAUAUUUUUGAUUCCUCUGUCACGGCCUUGAUAAUUUUUUGAAGAUCUGACGUGGAAGACACACACACACACACACACUCAAAGAAAUCAAAGGACAGUGUAUAUAAAUGUCACUUCACAGACUACUUGAUUGAAGUGUGACCAUUAAAAUCACACACUUGACUGUGGAGUCUCCAGACGUGAACAAUUCAUUGCAUCAAUCGUGCUCAAUCGGUUUGAAUACCUUGUGUUUAAAGACUUUUAUGAGGAGGGUAUGAAAACCGCUUUAAAGCAUUCUUGUAGCAGACACUUGGACUGGUUUGCCCUCGUUCAUGAAAAUUUCUAUUUUAUGUAAUUUUUAUUUUAUUUUAUUUUUAUGUACAUUUCAUUGUUAUUUAUGUGAAGGAGAGAUGCCUUGAAUGUUGCUUUAAAGGAAAUCUUUUAAAAAUGGCAAGGUUUACCAUAGACUUUUGACCGCUUCAGACAGGACCUCUGAAUGCUAUCAAACAAACCUCAGGUGGCUUUGAAGAAAGCAAACGGAUUUCAAAUGUCUAAUAAAACUGCAGUGUAGCAUGAAAACUGAAUCUAGCACCAAAACACAAUUGCAAUCUGUUUGAAUGACGAGACAACUUUUGCCUCAACCAAUGGUAUGGGUUUUGGGGUCCAGUCAAAAGCAGACAGGGGAGGUGUUUGAAAAUUGUCUAAAAACAAUCACUAUUUUUGAAAUUCUUUUUUGUAUUGCUGAAAUUACACUGGGGUUUGUUCUGAAAACAUGAUCUUUUUUUAUUAUGUGUUAAAGUGCAUAGCGAAUGUUAUGUUCCAGUCACAUUCCUGAAGUAGCAUUCCAUGUCAGUGUUCUCUGUUUUUCAUUUUUUUAGCCAGUGUCUUCCAGGGUCUGACCUAUUUUGCAAAAGCCACCUGAGGGUUCUAGGGAGGAACAAUCUCUUAAUUUUCUUUUCAGUUGAAUAUUUGAGUCACUGGGCCUCAUUCAAGAAACUUAAGCACCAAAAAAUGUUUUGUGUAAAUUGUUUGUGGAACCUUUUUACGUAAAUUGUCAAAAAUUGCAAUUUUACAAUGGAUUGGUUUUUACAGCUGUUUACAUCGAUUGAGAAUUCAUUUCUCAAUCUAAAAGUCUAUUUGCACCUCUGUAAGAACAGCUGUCUCUCAAGGUUCAAUAAGACUUUUGUGCAACAGGGACAUACAGUGUCUUCAGUCAUGAGUAAAUGUACUGUGAUUGCAAACUCUGUUACAUUCCCUAUAUGAUCACUCCCAGAAGAUCCAAGUAAGAUAGGAGGUACUGAAGGCACAUAUUCAUUAACCCUGGGUGGAUUACAGAUAACUGGCUUCAUGGAACAUAGAUUCAUACAGAUGCAAUAUUUAAAAGACAACUCGCAAUCUCCACCUCACAUACCAUGUCAUGUACUACUGUCCGAAGUAAACACUUGGACCAAAAAAACAAUAAAGAUUUAUCUGGA